UGGUUACCGUGUCAACAUCAGAAACAGACGAAGGUUACUUUUUAUGGACAACACGCUGUUUCUUAUAACUUAUGAACUUUAUACGACCCUUAAAUACUAAUUAAACAUGGUUAAAUAAUUUUAUUUUAAUUUUACGAUGUCUCUUAAUCAGAAUUUUGUCGACGACAAGUUCGUUGAGGAAAUUUCGACCAAAUAUGAAAAGGAAACUCAGACUUUGACAGAAUCAUAUGAACUGAUUACAAAGCCAUUUAAAGCUCUGAAAUUCAUCGAUUUCCUCAAUGACCCAGAGUUUAUUUCCGCAAUUCGAGGUGACGUCAAAAAAAUUGAACUGGACCGAAAAAACAACGAUUUGUACAGUCUCUGGCAAAGUGGGGACCUACAAAAUUACCCUAAAUUGAUAAGCAUCAGAAAAUUCAUUGAAGUAUUGAAAAAUGAAGUGGCUCCAUUGCUAGAAAAGAUAGUAAAAGUAAAAUUCAACAAAACCCUCAGCAUAACUGCUUCUAUUUACAAGCAUGGAGAUAUGCUACUGUGUCAUGACGACAAGUGUGAUGACCGAUGUGUGGCUUUUGUUUAUUAUCUGACUGGAGGAACAAACGAAAUGGGUGGUGCUUUUGAAAUGUUUGACCAUAGCAAUAAAAACGGCCAGCCAACAUGUGUAGUUAAGUCAAUACCUCCUGAAAAAAAUAGUUUUUUGAUUUUUGAAGUCGGCAAUUAUACAUACCACCAGGUUUCAGAAGUGAGAUCGCAGAACUUUGAAAGGCUUAGCAUCAACGGCUGGUUUCACAGCGAUAGGAAAUUAAAUUUUCUCAAAUACAAGGAACCUUUCCCUAAUAUCAUUCAUCAAAAAAAGGGAUUGGAUUUUUCAUUUUUAGACGAAUACAUCAACGUGACUUACUUAACUCCAAGCGUGAUUGUCGACGCCCAGAAGGAAUUUGAAAUCAACAGUUUCAUACUCCUGAAAAAUUACUUUGUAAACAGUUUUUUCAAAAAAUGUUUAAACAAUUUAAAAAAUUUACCGAUCACGUGGAAAGAAAAAGGCCCACCAAAUAGAAGGAAAUAUGAUGUGCUUGAUAUGAAAAAAAUAACAGGCAAUUUAGACAUCUUGAUAAAUUUGUUGAGAAGUCCUUCUUUCUUCGCCUACCUGAAGAACAUUACAGGUCUUGAUAUUAUUGCUUCAUCAGAUUUGGAUACAAACCCUUCAAAAAUGACUUUAGAGGUUCAAAGAUGGACUUCAGGUUGUUACACGAUGGCAACGGAUAAUGAUUCUUUUUUUGAAAAAUCCGGCCUAGACAUGUAUCUUUUUUUCAAUUCCCAGGAACUACAUGAUACGGAGACUAAUGGAGGCUCGACAAGCUACUUGGCUGCAGACGAUGAUGAUGAUGAUGACAAUGAGCUUUUGAACAUCAACCCAGAAGACAACGCAUUAAUCAUGGUGUAUAGAACAUCCGAUACGAUAAAGUUUACAAAAUGCGUUAGCCAUUUAAUAAAAGAGUAUUAUUAUUGCAUAUCAGCAACGUAUUUCGAACCAAAUGUUAUCUAAAAUUGUUGAUUUAUCGAAAUAAAUAAUUUUAUUUAUA